UUUUUUCUACGGAUGUUUCAAUUUAAACAUUAGAUUUUUGAAAGUAUGGAGGAUUCAUUUUUUACAAUAGGUCCUUUAGCGACAGUACAACUUGUACCAAUUAUUAGUUAUAUAAAUAUAUUAAGUGAUUUUUUAUUCAUGGAAAAUUAUUUAGCAGAAUUUAAUCAAAAUAAAGAAAUACCCAUUGUUAAUGCACUUUAUGAAUAUUUAGACGAUAAUCGUUAUAAUAAUUCAAAUAAUAUGAAAUUAAUACGAAAAUUACUAAAAGGCAGUGAUUUGUAUGGUGAACAAGAUAAUGAAAAUGUUGAUCAUAUUUUUGUUAAAACCAUGUUUAACUAUAUUAUUAGUUCACUUGUAUUUGUCAAAUAUGGAAAUAUUUAUGGAUUUUUGGCAGAAGCAAUUGGCGAAAUGGAAAAUUUACAAUUUGAUUAUGCACUAAUGAUGAUUAAAGAAAAAUUAAGAAAUGCAAAAUUUGCCAAUGAAUACGGUAUUUAUUCAUCAUUAUCUAAUUUAGCAAUGAAUAGAAUAUAUAAAGAUAUAAUAUUACAAUUUUUUCCCCAACCAAAUACUAAUCUUAGUUUAUUGUCUCUUGAUUACAUUUUUGCACAAGCUGGUUUUAUAUACCUUCAAUUGGGACGAAUAAAUGAUACAUAUUUUUCGGAACAAAAUUACAAUUAUAAUGAAAUUGAUUUAUUUAAUAAAUACUUAACAUUGGGUGAUAUAGUAAAAAAUUUACUUCAUCAUGAAAAAAUAGAUCCUCUAACAUUAAGAAUAUUUGCACUACCUGCACUUUUUUAUUAUACAUUGACGAUGGAAAAUAUUAAAAACAAUACUAUAAGUAAAAUUAUUUUUGAACCUCAUCAUUGGAAGGCGGCUUAUGAUAAAUUUUUCGAAUAUCUAAACAAUACUUUCGUUCGAAUAGAAAAUCAGCUAAAAACUGAUACUACAUAUAGAAUACAUUUAGAGUUUUUAAAUUUUUAUAAUCAUAACAUUGAUGAUAAUGACAAACUUUCGAAAUUUGAAAGUAAACCCAAAUUUGAGGAUGAAAUUCGCAAUAUUGGCGAAUUAUAUGAAAAGUAUUAUUUAGAAAUAGUUCAACAAUUAUUCAGUGGAUUUUCAAUACCAGAACUUCGUAAUGUUGUAAUAACAUUACUAAUUAGCGAUAAUAAUGAAUUUACUAAUACAUCCUACGAUUUGCUUGAAUUUUAUUAUGUUGAAAAUCAAAUUUAUGAUUAUUAUGCUUUAAUACAAGAAAAUUAUUCCUUUACACUUAUUAAAGAUACAAAUGAUUCGGAAUUUUUUCUUAACAAACUUAAUUUAACUUUUCAUAAAAUAAUCAAAUCGGGUCAUCGUACAAUUUUAAAGUACGCUAAUGAGAGUAGACAUGAACUUAUACAAGAACUAAUGAAAAAUAAAAAAGAUCGUUUCAAAAUUUAUUUAAACAAUUUCAAAAAUAAAAAUAAUGAAUGGUGGAAAGAAUUUGGAUUAUCGUUGAUGCCAAUAUAUCCAUGUACCAAUAUUGUACAUAUAUUUUGUACAAAUUUUGGCAGCUUACAAAAAGAAGUUUCUCAUUUAAUGAAUAAAAAUACAAAAUCUUUACUAUCAUCAUUGGGUACAACUAUUGAAACAAUAUUUCUAAAAAAUGUAAUUAGUGCAAUAGUGGAUAAACAUAAGUCUAAAUCGAUAAAAAUGAAUAACACAGUUUAUGAUCAAUUUUCCCUACACAUAGAGGAACCAGCUUUUGUAUCAAUUUCCACAACACAAACCGAUAUAACAUUAAUGUCAACAAUUGUUGCUGAUUUAGAAAUAAAUAUUAACAACACAUUUUCAUUUGUCAAGGAAAUGUUGAAUAACAUUCAACUAUUGAAAAUCACGAAUAUAAAACAAAUUCCCGACAUUGACGAUAUAAAUCAAUCAUUGUUUGUCAAAACUGGAAUUAAUAAAACUGGAUUUGGUUACAAAUUUACGAUUCUCGACCGAAGAGAAAAUUCAUUUUUACAUGCACUAUUACGAACUGAUUAUGAAAUGAAAAAUAAAAUAUUUAUAACAUCAGGCAAUAAUUUACUAAGAAAUAAAAAUAACGCAUUUAUUAAACUAAAUAAAGAAACUCUAGAAUAUGAUUAUCAAUUUGUUUAUGAAAUUAAUAAUCAACUUCGACGAAAAUCAACAACAAUUAUAUUUUCUGGUAUAAUUACCCCUCAGAAUAUUAUCAACGAAAAUUGCAAUAAUAAUAAUAAUUUUCAAAGUACAAAUUCUGAUGUUUGUCCAAUGAAUUUGCGUUCUAUUGAAAAAAAUAGUAACGAAAGACAAUUAAUACGUUCAAUUAAAAUUAAGACACUAGUUGUAAACACAAAAUUCAUUUUUUACGAAGAUAUAAAAAAUAUAUUGAAAAAAUACUAUUUUCCAAAUGACAACAUAACACUAUACUUUCUUGAAAAUUGGUUAAACAAUCCAAAUUUUCAAGAAUCCGAUUGGUGUAAAAAUUAUUUAAUCGAAAAUAUCGAACUUUUUAAUAAACUAAUGUACACUGUAUUUAUGGAUAAAAAUAAUUUAUCACUAACUGAUGCUGAGAAUAAAAUUAAUUCUAUCUACACAUAUAGAGAGAGAUGUAAAAUUGAAAAAGAUACAUCGUUGGAAAAUAUAAUUAAUGAUUAUAAUCAACAAAAGGCUUAUUAUUCUGUUACAUUUGAAGAUUAUUAUGCUAUAAGAAAUUUUGCAACAAGUGAUAUAAGAAUAUCUCAAGAUACAAGUGAAGCGAAAGAAAUGAAAAUUGCUUUAUAUAAAUUAGCGAUAAGACAAUUUGAAGGUGGGGAAUUUCAAUCAACAUUAUAUCGUGUCGAAACAAAACCUAUGGACUUUAAAGAAUUGUAUGAAGGUAAACGAAUUUUUUUGCAAAAAUUUACAAAAACAUCAACUAAUAUUGGUUCUGCAAUCAGAUUUUCAUCAUAUCCAGCUAAUGGAUUUAGAAAUAUUUUUUAUGAAUACCAAUUUGAUGAACGUUAUUUUAAUACAGAAAUUGAGAUGAAAGUUAAUAAAUUUGAAAUUGUUUUAGAAAAGAAUAUUAUUCUUUUACCUAGUAGUGAAUUUAUAAUUACACGAAUAACAAAUGUGACAUUAGGUGGAAUGGGUAAUGUUUCACAUGUAGUGUUAUCAUCUGUACAAAAUAGUACUAGAAGUGGAAAACAUGAAUGGUAUAAAAAUAUUAUGAAAGAAAUAACAAAAAUUAAUGUUAAUUAAUAUUUCAAUUAUUUAUGUCAUAUCUCGAAGUGGACCUAAUUUUAUUUUAUUAUUCAUCACUAAUAUUAAACACACUUUUUUGAAAAUA